CAGUCUCCACCCUGUGGCUCCACCCUUCUCACCGCUUGCCUUGGACUCCAGGCCACCCUGGGAAAAUUAUUAAAAACAGACGCAAAACAGCAUGCUGGUUUGUCUUGGAUCUGUAGCACACUAGAAAGCCUCAGGAACACAUUGUUCUCAAAGCAUCAAGACUGAGCCUGGUAAUGACCAUUCUUCAACAUCCUGCUUGACUUAGUGCUCCACAUUAAAGAAGAAACAUGAGAGUGCAGACCGCCUCAAGAGCAGAGAUCCUGAGAGAGUUUGAGUCGACAUGUCAGGCCCUCUCUGCUUGUGACAACAGGGGCUAUAAGCAUGAAUUUGAGGAGCUGAAAGAUGUUGGUAAAGAGCUUCCAACCAGGACGGCGGACUUGGAGGCUAACAGAGAAAAGAACCGAUACCCAUACAUCUUGCCAUAUGACCACUGCCGUGUGAGGCUGUCCAUUCAAAACUUCCCCAACUCUGACUACAUUAAUGCCAAUUUUGUCCCCGGUGGAGGAUCUGAGAGAGACUUCAUCUGCACCCAGGCUCCCAUGCGCAACACCAUGGAGGAUUUCUGGAGAAUGGUUUGGGAGCAGAAUGUCAGGAUAAUCGUCAUGGUGACAGCGCUGCGAGACAGGGACUUGGUUCUAUGUGAUGAGUAUUGGUCUCUGGAACCAGGAACGGUUUAUCACGGACCAUUCCAAGUCACGACAAUGGCUCGGAAACAAGGCCCAGACUAUUUUAUGUCCACCAUUAACCUCAGACAGAGAGACUGUCCAACAGAUCAUAACAUAACACACUACCACUAUCCAUCCUGGCCGGACCGGGGCAUCCCCAGAGACCCAUCCUCACUCUGUGCCUUUACAGAUCACGUGCGGCAGCAUUUGGACGCCAUUCCACGUUUGGGUCCAGCUGUUGUGCACUGCAGUGCAGGUGUAGGCCGAUCGGGGACCUUCGUCACGCUGAUGUGGCUGAUGCAGCUGUGCGUGAGGGGCAUCCGGCCCAAUAUACGAGCUGCUGUGGCUGACUUACGACUACAUCGAAUGGGGAUGGUUCAGAUACUGGAGCAGUACAUAUUCGUUCACCAGUGUCUGCUAUACUGGCUGAGUGGUGGCAAGUCAUCUUGUUUAACCCCCUUACAACACACAAACCGAGAGCUGAGGAGGAGAAAGCGCCAUCAUAGACGGAAAUCUCCACCGGGCCAAGCACAGAGCACAUUGCAACAGAUUUUACAACCCAGGAAGCUACUGCAGAGAAUGCUACCCUCUUCAUCACAGCUGAAUCCAGGCCCACAUGCCUUUUGACCUCGCAAGGGCUAAGGGGCCAUUGACUGAAAGGGGCCCCGUUAA